AUGCGUAGCGCGAAGUUCGUGUUCAAGAACCAGAACAUCAAGGACCCUUGCGGGUGCGGAGAGUCGUUCAGCGUCGGCUCGUGCGCGGCGCGAGUCCAUCUCCCUUCCGAUGAUGGAGAAGAGCGCCUUGCUGUCGAUGAGGAUGCGGACGUUCACGCCGUCCUGCUCGACCACCUCGUCGAACUUGCCGGGCUUGUCGAGGUACUCGAGGUGGUACGAGAGCCCUGCGCAGCCCUCGUUCCGCACGCAUAUCUGUAUGAGCUGGGACGCACCGCACAUCGUUGGUCUCGUACAGGUCGUGACUAGAGGGGUCCGGG